AUGACACCCCUCAACCGCCGACCAAUGCAGCACAUUGACCGCCGCGACCUCUACACAAGCCUGGAAGCACGGAUACAAUACCUACAUUCAUUUCUCGACUUCAGCUCACGCGACAUCGAAGCCCUAACAACAGGCGCCAAAUACAUCAAAGCGCUCAUCCCCGCCGUCGUCAACAUCGUCUACAAAAAGCUGCUGCAGUACGAUAUCACCGCACGAGCCUUCGAAACUAGAUCGACGUCGUACGAAGGGCCGGUGGACCCUAAUCUGAGCGAGAACUCACCCCAGAUCUUGUACCGCAAAAUGUUUCUGCGGGGCUACCUCACAAAGUUAUGCAGUGACCCGUCUAAAAUGGAGUUCUGGGAGUAUCUUGACAAAGUCGGUAUGAUGCACGUGGGUCAGGGACGAGCGCAUCCUUUACACGUCGAAUAUGUGCAUAUUGGUGUUACGCUCUCAUUCGUCCAAGACAUCAUCACCGAAGCAGUACUUUCACAUCCCAGACUCAAGAUGGAUAAGAAAAUCGCAUUAGUCAAAGCGCUGUCAAAGGUCAUUUGGAUUCAAAACGACCUCUUUGCAAAGUGGUAUGUUCGCGAUGGCGAUGAGUUUGCAGACGAGCGAUUAGUGCCUGAGGUUGAGCCUGAGGGUUUCUUGCAUGGGAAGAGGGUCCUGCGUGACGGCAGCGAGAGCGAGAGUGAGAUUGAAGAUGCGGCGCUUGCAACGGGUACGUGUCCUUUCAAAAAUCUGGCAAUGACACCGGGUCGAGAAGGCGAAGCCGCGCUGAGGAGCGCGAUAAAGCGGAUGAGUCGAGGGGAAGAACAAGCCAGCGAUGGCGAUGUGGUGGGCGCCGUAGAUGAGCCGACGUCGACAUCACCAGGUGUGGGCGCUUUCGCUCACAGUGCGAUACCACGGGCUGUGGGUAGCAGCGCGUGA